UUAACCCUUUUAUCCAUUUCUAUAUCCUAAAACCCUAUAAACCCUACCGGCCGGCAGUGACCAUUUCCACUCAACAACAAUGUCGGACAUUCCGCCGGAAGUUAUCACCGACAUACUUUCUCGACUUGCGGUGAAGUCAUUGUUAAGAUUCAGGUGCGUAUCGAAAUCCUUCAAAACCCUUAUAGAUAGCCCUAAAUUCAUCCAAGCUCAUCUCAAACAACAAGAACUGAAACCAAAUUCCGAUCUGAAGCUGAUUCUCAAAGCUCACAACAAAGCUGACAACCUUUUCUCUCUUGAUUUCACUUCAUUCGUGUCGACCCAAAUGCCCAAAGAGCUUGAACACCCACUGAAACACCUCUAUGGCCCGACUCAGGUACUGGGUUCUUGUCGUGGGUUAGUUUUGAUUUCGAACAAUAUGAAUCAUAAUGGUGUGUGGAAUCCGUCUACUAAGGUGUUUAGAAAGUUACCCUUUUGUAAGAUGAACCCUCCGAGCAAACCCCCGAGCGGACGGGGUCCGGGGUUAGCUCAAAUUUGUGGGGGGUUUGGGUAUGAUAAGUGUAAUGAUGAUUAUAAGGUGGUUACGAUUGCACAAUGGUAUCAUCCUGAUGCUGAACCUUCGUUGGUUUCGAAGACGGUGGUUUAUAGUUUGAAGUUGGGUGGGUGGAAGAAGGUUCAGGAUUGUCCUUAUUGGUUGCUUAAGGAAGAGAAUGGGACUUGUGCUGGAGGUGCAUUGCAUUGGAUUGUAACGAAGGAACCGACAGCUUGGUGGAGUCCUUUGAUUCUUGUGGGUCUUAAUCUUGUAAAUGGGAGUUUUCAGGAGGUGUCAUUUCCGGAGUAUUUGGGAAAGCCGUUUCAGUUAAAUUUGGCUGCUUUGGGAGAAUGUCUUUGCUUGCUUUCAGGUCAUAUUACCUGUACAAAUGCGAAGAAUCAUGUGUUGGAUCAUAUUGAUAUAUGGAUGAUGAAGGAUUACGGUGUGAAACAGUCUUGGGUUAGGAUGUUUUCGGUGGAGCAAUUUGAGGGUCGUCAACUUUUCAGUUGCUUGAGGCCAAUAGCAUAUUCGGUGACUGGUAAGGAUGUUCUUCUGCAAAUGGAUAAUAGGAAAUUUCUUUGGUAUAGUCUUGAAAAGAAGUCGCUCAAACAUGCUAAGAUUAGUGGUGGGUUGGACACUUUUGAAUCCUUUGUCAGUUUGGGAAGUCUUAUCCCUUUAUAUGGAGGUGGCAAUGAAAAGGAUUGGAAGAAAGGGAUUGAGGAACGCGAUGACUUGAUGGCAGAGGAAAUCAAGUUGGAACUCUGAAGCUGCUUUAAACUUAUAGAGGCAGGAUGCUUUUAAGUUUACGAAGGGAUGAAGAAUAUAGAGAAGACCCUUCUGUUUAUCUCUGGCUCUCCUCAUAUAUAGAGUUGGUGCAAUAUCUAACAUUUAUCUUUUGUUAGCAACAAGAAUCGUUGUUGUCUCUGGAAAACUAAUCUAUUGAUGCAAGUGUUAUUUUGCUAUCUAAUAUAGACGUGUAAAAACCGCACAAGGAAACGUCGUACUAUUAGUACUAACUAGUAAGUUGUUAGAAUCUUCACCUAGGGGCCGUUUGGUUACCGUAUAAACACAGCAAAGUUAAUACAUGUUAAUUUUAUACCAUGUUUGGUUUUUAUGUUUUAAAUUUAUACAAUGUUUGGUUGGUGUGUUCCCAAAUGUUGUAUAAAAGUUAUUUUUGUAUUGAUUUCA